AUGAAUUUUUUGUAUCGUUUGUUCGGUUCGGGUGCUGCCCAUCACACCUCAUCAUCAGGAAAUGUUGAAAAAGAUCUCCGAAAGAAAAGAAGAAUGUUACAAUUAACGGAGGAUCAAAUUCAUGUUCAAGAAGAAACCUAUGAAACAUUAACCGAAACUAUUAAAAAUAUGAAACUACAUUUGGAGUCCAUCAAACAACGAGAACAAGAAAUGAUUUUAUUACAAAUUGAUACGGAACGUGAAUUACAAGAGGAUUAUGAAAAUUAUUUACAAAAGGGUAAAAAGGAUGAGGAAUAUGAAAAGAAAUAUGAAGUAUCUCGGAAAUUCUUGGAAGAAACAAUGGCUGCUAAGAAACAAGAAAUUAAAGCUAAAAUGGAAGAAUACGAAGCAAGAAUUAGGAGUUUGGAGUUGAAGGCUCAAGAAAUUCUCAAAACAAAACAAGUCACAGAGGACACUAAUUAUUUGUUGAACGAAGAAGUUCAACGAUUGGAAACUCAACGACAGAAAGAAUUUGUUGCUUCCGAUAAUUAUGAUCAGUUGGGAGCGGAGGAAGAUUUGGAGGCCUCAUCGAACAUUCCUCUCACCUUGCAAACGGUAUCAAUUCAACCACAAGUGCAUGACGAACAAGAACAACAACAGCAUCCAUCAACAAUAGUAUCAUCAUCCGAGAGCAGCAAUAUUUCUCCUAACAGUGCAGGAAAGGAUUUAUGGGACAGAAAAGAUGACCAUGUGUAG